CCAUUCUUCUAAGUUUGUCAAAAUUCUUUCAAUCCCAAAAGAAAAUAAAGCAUGGACAGACUUGUUAAGCCUGAUUUGGAUGAACUCAAACUCUGUUUCAUCAAAGGCCAAAAAUGUAGUGCAACUUUCAAAUUAACCAAUCUUAUGCACACCAUGUCUGUUGCUGUUGGUCUUUCUACUACCAACCCUUCUCUUUUCUCAUUCUCACAUCCAUUCACUAUUAUUCCUCCUCUCUCAACAGCUUCCUUCACUCUUUUCUUGACUAAUUCUUGUGAUCAACCUCCUGUUUAUACGCCUUUAGACACCGUUGUGGUUAAGUCGUCUAUGCUUCCUACUGGUAAAGCAAGUGAGGAUGAUCUUCGCCGUCUUUUCUCAAGAAGUGGACGACAUAUUUUCAAAGAUGCCAAGAUUCCUAUUUCCCUUGUUGGUCCACAAGUUGUUGAGUUUCUUCUUUCAUCCAAGAAUUUAUUGGAUGUUAGUUUACUUCUCCAAAUAGCCUUGUCUUUAUGUCAUGGCUGUCAGCUUGAUUCAUUGCUUAAGUCUGCUGCCAAGAAUGGGAAUUCCCAUUGUAUUUCAGCUCUGAUUGAGGCUGGUGCUGAUGUUAAUAGAAGAGACUUGGAGGGGGACUCCGUUAUGUCAUUGGCUGUGAAAUAUGGCAAUCUUGAUUGUGUUCAGGUUCUGAUUGAGUUUGGUUAUACUAUUGAUAACUCUGCUGAUAGGUUUCUGCAUUAUGCAGCUGCCACGGACCGCGUGGACUUAAUGGAGAUUCUAUGUUUAGGUUAUGCUGAUAUGGAUUUGAAUUCAAUUGAUUCACAAGGUAGAACUCCCCUUCAUAUAGCAGCGAUUCACGGGCAUGUUGAAGUGAUUCAGUUUCUUGCUUCAGUAGGGAGUGAUACAGAUAUGUUAGAUACUCAAGGAUGGACUCCCUUGCAUUUUGCUGCUCAUCAAGGCCAUGUUGAAGCUGUUGGUGUGUUACUAAAUCAUUCCAAUUUUGCUAAAUAUGUUGUAACGAAACAAGGGAAGACUGCGUAUGAGCUUGCUAUCGAUAAGGGUCAUUCUAAAUUGUAUGAUGUUUUACAAUUAGGAGACACUUUGCAUAGGGCUGCAAGAAAAGGGGAUGUUGCUGAUAUCAAGAAAUGUAUCGCUGAAGGAGCGAAUGUGAAUGGAAAGGAUCAGAAUGGAUGGACUCCUUUGCAUAGAGCAGCAUUUAAGGGUAGAGUUGAAGUGGUAAAGGUAUUGGUAAACAACAGAGCUAAGCUUGAUAUUGUUGAUUAUGUUGGAUACACGCCGCUUCAUCUUGCUAUUGAGGCUGGACAAAAGGAUGUGGCGAUGUAUUUGAUUGCUCAAGGUGCUAAGGCUAAUUUGAAGAGCUUCAAAGCUAAAGAAAUGGUUUCUUGUGAUUUUGGACAUCUACAUACUUGCAACUUUGUAUAGUGAAGAGCAAAGUAGACGUAACUCAAUUGGGAGUGGCCCUUGUAUAUUUUUAGCUACUGCGGAAGUUUUUGUAGAC